UGGCCCAGCCGCUCUCACUGAAGCUUCAGACUGUGUGCAGACUCCCUCCGGCGAUGUGCGUCUAUCAGGGAGCCAAUCGGUGGCACCAGUCUGACUCGGUGAGUCUCUUUAAGACUAUCAGUGCCAUGGCACCACCACAUCCUCCGUUCACUAAUCCCUCCGCAGCUUUUUAUUGGUGACAGCGCGCCACUAGAGGAUUCUUUUUACGCACAAGUCUCUGUCCUCCUGUUGCGACAUGAAGAACUCUAGCCUUUUGGGCGGCGACUCACGAAACGUUGGUUUAAAAGACUUUCUUUUGUUGGACACUUUGAAGCAGGUUGUGGAUUCUCCUGAGGACACUGCCAUGGCUGGAUUAUUGGGCAGUGGUGCCUUCUUUCUUGAAGGCAGCGCAUUCAGGACUGCCGCUGGAGCUGAGUUUAUGGCCGCUCCGCCGACGGAAUCCCCGCACCUGGUGCCCGCCUUUUGGGAUUCCCCCCUCAGUCACGGAAUCAAUGUGUUUGUGGGACUCGUGCUUUGCUUUACUAUGCUGGGACUGGGCUGCACGGUGGACGUGAGCCAGCUUGGUGAACAUAUCCGCAGACCAAUCGGGGUUCUACUGGCUCUGGUGUGUCAGUUUGUUAUCAUGCCUUUGGUGGCCUUUCUGUUGGCUUUAGCCUUCUCUCUGGAUGAUGUGGCAGCGAUGGCUGUGCUCCUGUGUGGUUGCUGCCCGGGAGGAAACUUAUCAAAUAUCAUGUCCCUGUUGGUGCACGGAGAGAUGAAUCUAAGCAUCGUCAUGACCAUAUCUUCCACUCUGCUGGCACUCGUGCUGAUGCCACUGUGUCUGUGGAUCUACAGCCGAGCCUGGAUCAACACACCUGUGGUUAACCUCAUGCCCUUCGGGGCCAUCAUCCUGACCCUCUGCAGCACUCUCAUUCCUAUUGGUUUAGGGGUGAUGCUGAGGUAUCGCUACUCGCGUGUGGCGGAUAUUGUUUUAAAGGCGUCUCUGUGGUCUCUGCUGAUUACUCUUGUGAUGCUCUUUAUCCUCACCGGAGCGAUGCUGGGACCUGAGCUCUUGUCCACCAUCCCGCCCUCCGUCUAUGUGGUGGCCAUCCUGAUGCCUCUCUGUGGCUACGCAGCAGGCUAUGGCCUGGCCGUCCUCUUCGACCUGCCACCAAACUGCCGCAGGGCCGUCUCUCUGGAAACCGGAUGCCAGAACGUGCAGCUGUGCACCGCCAUCCUGAAGCUGGCCUUCCCCCCUCAGCUGAUGGGAGGGAUGUACAUGUUCCCCCUGCUAUACGCUCUGUUCCAAGCAGCCGAGGCAGGCAUCUUCAUUCUGGCCUACAGGAUGUACAGGAAGAAGGUCCUGCACAAACCAGACCCCAUGAGGAACAACGAGGACACAGAUAUCACAUAUCAGAGGUUUGAGGAUGAGGACUUUGACUCGUCUUACGGUGCUGUGACAGUGAGUGACCCGAACACCAUCAUGUUGGACCCCUGUCCUCCUGAUCCAACCCCUGUUUAAUGUACAAAUCAUACAAAUCUGUUCCCUACAGGGGCAGAAGGAGACCUACAUGUGGAUCCACUAUUCAUAUAGUAAAACUGAAUCACAGGACUAUAGAGGGAAUCACAGAUUCUUCAU